CGGUUCGAUCUGUGGUUGAGGUGGGUGGUGAAUCUCUUGACCAUCUUAAAAAAAGUCUGAAUAACUGGUUUGCCGAAGAAGAACAAAGAUUGAUCCAUACCAGUAAUGAUAACAAGAAAAAUUUUGAUCCCAGCCAAGUUAAAAAUCCAAUUGAAAAACGACGGAAAGGACGGUCUCCGGUUAAGCAGUUUAAAAAUAGUACCGAAUCAUUACAAAUCAAAAGAAAAAAAUCUGGCAAAACUACACAAAACAAAUGUAGUAAAUGUGAGAUCGUUGGACAUUAUGCUUCGACUUGCAAGAAAUUGGUGGGA